AUGCCACCGUGGGGCGCCGCCCUCGCCCUGCUCCUGGCCGCGCUCGCCCUGCUCGCCCUGCUCGCCCUGCGGCUGCGGCGCCCCAGCAGGCGCGCCGUCGGAGCGAGGACCCUGCCGGGGGCGCGGAGCGAAAAUCACGGGGAGGUGGACGGCGGAGGCCCCGCGGGUCAGUUAAGCGACGGGCGGGAGCCGCUGCCCGGCGGCUGCAGGCUCAUCUGUAAGCCGUCGGCACUGGCCCAGUGCCUGCUGCGCGCUCUGCGACGCUCGGCCGCGCUAGAGCCGGGGCCGCUCCCCUGGCUCUCCGGGCCCCACCUGCAGACCCUCUGCCACUUCGUGCUGCCGGUGGGGCCGGGGUCAGAGCUGGCCCGGGAGUACCUGCAGUUGGCAGACGACGGGCUGGUGGCCCUGGACUGGGUGGUGGGACCUGGCGCCCGGGGCCGCCGGGCCACCAAUGCCGGGGGCCUCCCGGCGGUACUGCUGGUGAUCACCAAUGCCUGGGGGCGCCUCACCCGCAACGUGCUCGGCCUCUGCCUGCUGGCCCUGGAGCGCGGCUACUACCCGGUGAUCUUCCACCGGCGGGGCCACCACGGCUGCCCACUGGUCAGCCCCCGGCUGCAGCCCUUUGGGGACCCGUCCGACCUCAAAGAGGCUAUCACUUACAUCCGCUUCCGACACCCCGCCGCCCCGCUGUUCGCGGUGAGCGAGGGCUCGGGCUCGGCGCUGCUGCUGUCCUACCUGGGCGAGUGUGGCUCCUCCAGCUACGUGACCGGAGCUGCCUGCAUCUCGCCCGUGCUACGCUGCCGCGAGUGGUUUGAGGCCGGCCUGCCCUGGCCCUACGAGCGGGGCUUUCUGCUUCACCAGAAGAUCGCCCUCAGCAGGUACGCCACGGCCUUGGAGGACACCGUGGAUACCGGCAAACUGUUCAGGAGCCGCUCCCUGCGGGAGUUUGAGGAAACCCUCUUCUGCCACACCAAGAGCUUCCCCAUCAGCUGGGACACCUACUGGGACCACAACGACCCCCUCCGGGAUGUGGAUGAGGCAGCGGUACCUGUGCUGUGCAUCUGCAGUGCCGACGACCCCGUGUGCGGGCCCCCAAGCCACUUUCUGCCAACUGAACUCUUUCACAGCAACCCCUACUUCUUCCUUCUGCUCAGCCGCCACGGGGGCCACUGUGGCUUCCUGCGCCAGGAGCCCUUGCCAGCCUGGAGCCAUGACGUCAUCUUGGAGUACUUCCGGGCCUUGACUGACUUCUUCCGGACGGAAGAGAGGAUGAAAGGGCUGAGCAAGCGCCGAGCUUCCUUCCUGGCGGGCCGGCGUCGCUGGGGAACCCUGCCGAAGUGGGAGGUCUCCCCCUCUUCUAGUCUGGAGGAGAUCUUUAGCUGGAAGAGAUCCUAUACACGGUGAGGCCUGACCCGAGAAGCCCCUAGCCCUGCAAGGAAGAACAGAACUGCACAUGGCUGAGUCCUUACCAGGCAAUGAGGACUGAAUGCGGCCAGCUAGCUGCAGCCCUUUGCCCCUGGUCCAGCCCCUCUCUUAAACUGGUCUGUGGAAAGACAUGGAACCCCCUGGAAGCUGGCGUUCACUGGCCCCUGAGUGGAACUCCUGCCCCGACCCUGUUCUGCACAUGCCAACUCAUCCCGGUUCAGCAGCGGGGCAUUGCCCAUCACUAUCCCCUGUCACUGACUUCAUAAGCCAAAGAAUAGCACCGUUUAAGUCCCUGGACUUUAGAGAAAAUGCUCACUCACGAGCAAUGACACAGAGAAGAUGAGUUUUUGUGAGCCAUGGGGUAGGUCUGUGCCACUCAGGUUCUCAAGCUGGAGCCACUUGAGGUAGUGGGGACAGACAGGAUGUUUGUGUCUUCGUCCCACUUCCCUCGUUGUUUUUUUCCUGCGGCUGUGGCGCUCCGCUGAGUUCGCGUGGUGACGGCUGUGAAAGCGGCUCAUAGCCGUGUGGCCGCGACAGUGAGAGAGGCCCGGAGGCAGGCAGUGCUGUGCGGAGACUGGGCUGGGGAGGGUGAGGAGGCGGAGAACGUGAACGAACACCUGCGUCUGCAACACUAAGGUCCAGUGUUUGGAUGAGUUCUGCAAGUCUUGAUUGGGAGUGGGGGGCUGAUCUGGGGCUUCAGCCUAGGACCUCAAGACUCACUGAAGAGAUUCCAGGGGUGAUUAAGAAUAGGAAAUCCUCGCAGGGUGUGCUUGACCAUGGCUCAAGGAGCCAGGCUUUCAGACAUUCUAGGUGCUCCUUCCAGUACCAUUUUGGAGGAUUACUCCAGCGAGCUCUAGCGAGAGGUGUUUUUCUCUAGAGAUGUGAGCUUUCUCUAAAUGGUAAAAGUAUAAACCUCAUAUCUUAGGUGGUUUUUUUGGUUAGUUGCCCUCUUUUCAGACACUGCUGCUAACCUUUCCCUCUUCAGAGCCUAGAGAGACAUCUGGUACCAGAGAAAACAGAAGUUCCAAGAGAUUGACUGGAGCUGACUCAGUGAUUUAUGAAUAUUUCACAUUAUCACACCUUUUCUGCUCAAUUAAUCAAAAGGCUAUCCAUCCAUGUAGAUGCAGGAAAAGCUUCCCCCAGGAUCUGGCCACUUACUGACUGACAGGCUCCUCGGUGUUUUGAGGACUAAUGCUGAAGAUUAGAGUAAAAUAAGGCAUCGUAUGGAUUGACCCACACAACUUGGUUUGGAUUAAGCCAUUAAGCAAUACAGUAGGACAUCCAGUCCAUCCCCUCACCCCCAAAAAAGAAAGCUUUCCCCAGAACCAGAAGUUUUAAUUGGUCAUCAAGAAAAGAAGGCACCUCUUGUGACAAGAGGCUCCAUCCUGGCCUCACAAACAGCAAAGCAAUUUUAAGGAGAGAUGUUUACCAUGUCCUAAGGCUUGGUAUGAGGAAUUCCUGGGGCCAUGGAUAAUCUUCCCCCAUUCUUGUUCUUCUAGAUCAAAUAAGAAAAAAACCCUAUAAACUAACCCAAGAAUCUGAACCAGAAGGCAGACAACACUCAAUUGUCUAAGGCACAUUAUCCUGUCAUGAAAAGACUCCCCACUGCUUGUUCCUCUUCCUCCACGUUCCUCAGCUAACAUUCUCUCACUAUUUCUGAGCAGGAGAAAUAAUAAGGAAGUGAACCCCAAAGAAGCCAUUCUGCUUCUGGCUAACCGCCUUGGUGUAAGGCUUGGUGAAGAACUACUGACAUCUGGCCAGCCCUGUCCCCCAGCAUCUGGUACAGUGGAGAUUUCAGUUUAUUAGGUCUUGCACUCCCAUAUGCAGGACCCGAUGAUAGUUCAGAACUCACUGCAAACCGAAGAACACUUCAGUGGUUUUUUAAACACCCCCCCACCCGCACCCCCAGGAUUAAAUGGCCCCUAAGGGCUAAAAUCUGGAUUGUUUCCCUAGGCCAGAUACCUUGGGACUCUGGUUCUUUGAGAUAAUAGCUUUUGGAGAAAUCAUGGUUCAUCUUUUACAGGAAAGCAAGCUUGUGGGGUGGGGAUAGAGGAAGAUAUAUAUAUCCUUUAAGUGAUAAAAGUACAAACCUCACAUCUGAGGUGUUUAUUUGGUUAGUUCCCUCUUUUCUGACACUACUACUAGCCUUUCCCUCUCCAGUGCCAAGCUUCAGAACAGCCCAAUCCAGCUCCACUGAUUGCCUUGGAUCCACAGCUCUAAUGACCUAAACCCCAGUUCUCCUCCAUGCCCCUUGUGCCAGAUGUACUCAGAGCCGUUCUCAAGAAGCUACUUCUCUCCUGUCUUCUUGUCACUGUUUGGUGACAUCACUGCUUUUCAGCCCAUUUUUGCCAGAAAGUGUACUUCCGGUUCAAGCAGGUUUGGGUGACUCUUCCCUUCAUCUAAUGACAAAGGACUCACCCAAACUGGCUCCACCUUUGUUGUUAGCUAGUUGUAUGAAACCCGAUGGAAGAACCCCAGACACACAUUCUGAGAGAGUGCACUGGCCCUUGAACAAACAGACAAGUUACAAGCUGGGGGGAGCAAGAAAACAAUGAAACAAAACCCAAAGAAGUACCCUCGAGCUGGGAGUUUUCCAGGUAGCAUGUCUGGCAAUCCACUCAGGUCUCAUUCACUUGCUCGCCUCCCCUUUUGGUCUUUUCAUUAUUUAGAAACACCUUUAAAUGGUAAAGGGGGUAAAAACAACCCAAUGACAAUAAAGAAGACAUCAUCUCUGAAGUAGAAACUGCAUUGUGUCUCCAUCCACUGGAUCAGAAUGUAGGAAGCCCACAACUGCUUCUCAAAGUUUCUUUGAGUUCUACUAAGUUCUGACCUUUGAUAUCAAAGACUGUGGUUAAGCUGUAACUUAAUUCUCUUAAAGAUUUAGUAUUUUAUGUAUUUAUACAUGGUUUCCAAGGUGGCUUGGCCAGAGAUGACAAUAUGAAAAAAACAUAGCACCAAAUUCUCAUUUUGAGAAGACAUUGUCUCUGUUUUGUGUGAAGAUAUCCUUGCUAAGACUUGAGUGCUGUUAUAAGAAGUCUUGACACAGGAAGUGUCAUUUCAGCUUUAUAUACAACCUCAAAACCACACCAGAACCAGAAAGUCUUCUGUACUCAUCUUCCACCCAGACCACAGGAUCUUUUGUCAGUCAGUCACGCUUAGUAAUGCCAAGGUUUCUUCCUUUAGAAAUGAACUUUAAAGUUUCUCCAUGCUUAAAUAAACAGAUAUACUUGGCCACUUUGGCAGAACUUGCCAAUGAUACCAGUGAUUCAGUGAUACCAAUGAUUCUACAGCCAAGCCACAAAGGAUGGCAUCAGAAACUGUUUUCACUAUGUAUCACAUUUUGCAAAGUUAAGAUUGAGAAGUUAUAUCCAGGGAGUGUCCGAGUGCCCAGAGAUGGAAUGAAUGCCUUAGAAAGCAGGAAGUCCCACAACUCUGGUAGAAUAUGCAACCACUUGGCACACAUCAUGGAGGGGACCUGUGCUGAGGGAUUGUGGAAUUUCAUUAAAACAAACAAUAAAAGAUAUUAACAUUUUAAAAACAGGUAUCUCUAGCUCCUCCAGCCUUCCUGUAUAAGAAGAUAAUAUCCUGUUCUAGUGUCUAUCACUAGUGUGAUUAAACAAAAAAUUCUCUCCAACUUGUUUGCCUCUGAAUAAUAAAUUGCAGUCUCCCUGCAACAAU